AUGGGUACAGAUUUCAGAGUUUGGCUCACUGCCUCCGAUUACUGUGAUUUCUCCACAGCAAAGAUCGAGACGAGUCCUGUUGAUGAGGACCUCGAGUCCUGGCUUCUUAUCAACGGAGGCUAUCUACAUCCUUCUGUUGAGAUUGCGUCUGGUGAUGAUGGCAAUUCCGUUCGUGUUAAACAGGGCCACGUCCUUUUGUCAGGCAGUAUGGUUGUCUCCUGCCCACACGAGUUGACUAUAUCGUGGCUGGGUGUCACUCAACAUCAUUUCCCACAUUGUUUGUUGAAAGAACAGUCCCCGUGGUGGCCGUACCUCAACAGUCUGCCUCGAUCAUUCAGCACUCCUUUGUGGUACGAUGACAACGACCUGAUAUGGCUUCGAGGAACCAACCUGGGAAAGGCAAAGGAAUUAAGGGAAGAGGCUUGGCGGCAAGAAUACGAAAGUGCAAUGCAGUCACUGUUUGCCAAUGGGUCCGAUUCUGAGCAGAAGCGUCUGUGGACUUGGGAGCUCUAUCUAUGGGCGGCCACCGUGAUGACUACGCGAAGCUUUUCUGGGCCAGCGUCGUUCAAUCGAAACGAAGGCGAGUUCGUUGUUGCUGGUGACAGCGUUGGUAGAUGUCCGGUCCUCAUCCCAGGCUUAGACCUUUUGAAUCAUAACCCAUCUGCCAAAGUCUCCUGGAUCUGGGAUGCAAAUGUCUGCGCGCUCAGGGUAGACGAGUCAACGUCUGGUGGAUGUCAAGUGUGGAACAAUUAUGAUCCCAAAAGUAACGAAGAACUCAUAAUGGGAUAUGGCUUUAGUCUUCCUAAGAAUACCUCUGAUCAUUACAGCCUUGGCUUUUCGCCAGCAAUUGCAGCUUAUAUUAAAGCUACAAAGGCUCGCCGAUUGGCCCGCAAGCCAACCUCGGACGCAGUGCAGAGUCAGAGCACAAUGGAAUUUGAUAAAAUUCAACCAAAGCUGGUUAGCGAGCCAGUCAGGAGUGGAAGCCAGGUCCUAGAAUUAUUAGAAGACUUCAAUCUGGAGGAAAUUCUAGAACAAAACAUCCACUGGGUACGACUCCUCGAUAAUGGAAACUACGAAUUCUCGCCACAAUUCUUAGAAUACUUCUCGAUUGCGGUCGAGAAUUCUCGGGAAGCACACAUGGCUGAUGAUGACUGCUCAGCGUCUAACACGCAUCUUUCGGAUCGUGACUUCUCGCGAAAUAAGCUCCAUGUGAUUUGUGCCGUCAUCAUGAUACUGCAGAAAGGGCAAAGAGCAAUACGAGAACAUGAAAAGGACUUGCCUGAAAUUCCGCAGAACAACAAACAAGUGGAUGCGGCAAGAUACCGCGACAGUCAGCUCAGAAUCCUUGAUAGUGUCGUGGACUCCAUGGGUAAGUUCUUGAAGUCAGUCGCUACUCCAAACUCGUCCGAGGCCAGUGACCCUAGAGUAAUACGACUGGAGCACAUCCUCACGAACUCGCCAAAGAGCUUGUUGAAAGACUUACGUGGCGUGUUGAAUGCAGGCAUCAGGACUCGUGACCCCACAAAGAUUCGAGAACGUGGAGGCGUCGAUUUUGCGUUCACUAUCUGGCUAUGCGGGUUGUGGAUUUAUUCUCGAUCUGACCCAAGGGGAGAAGACGAAAUCGACCCGAAGUACCUUCGAUGGCUUCACUUCUUGAAACAAAAUUAUGCUGAGCCAUCAGAGGAAUCUGUUAACCACCAAAGACCUGAAAACACUGUCCUUGAGGAGAGACCUGAGUGGUUUGACCCCGUCCGUAGUGCAAACGGCGAUGCUGAAUUGGAUUCUGCCUUCAUCGCCAGGUCAUACCUCGACGCGGUGCAGGCAGCUACAGAGAAACGCCCUCAGUCGGUAUAUAAUGAUGGCCAGAUCACGGUUAGGCGUCUUGAGUGGUGUCUCAACAUCAUCAAGAAUGAAGGCGUGUGGUGUCCAAAUCUGGACCCGGGAGAAGACGAGGAAGAUGAUGACUGGGUCUUGUUCCUCGAGUAUGGAGAUUCCUGA